AUGACGGACGGGAGAAGCGAUGGACAGCACGCGCCCCUCAAUAACACAGCCCACCUGACGGACACCCAGUCGACAGCACAGAGGCUUGAGCACGGCACCGCGAUCUUAUAUAUAUCAGCAAUCAGCACCAGCUCGCAAUCGGUAUCGGUUCUCAUUCGGGCCCAGACAGGGGACAUUUCUAUCCUGUUUUUAUUGGACGGGGCAACCUCAGCCAUGACAAUUCCACGUCCACCUGACAAAUGCUAUCCAGCUGAUGUAAUCUCUAGCCCGGAGUCCGGUGACGGUCAGUGCUCUAUCACAUACGACCAGAGCACUGCUGUGCCGAAUUUCGCCAAUAGCAACAACGACAAUAGCAGAAACAGCAAUAGUAGCAACAAAAAUAAUAGCAGCAACAACAACAAUAGCAAUAGCAACGAUAGUAACAACAACAACAAUGGCAACUACAGAAAUAGCAACAACGACAUUAGUAGCAACAACAACAAUAGCAGCAACAAUUAUAGUAACAACAAUAAUAGCAGCAACAACAACAAUAAUAGCAGCAACAACAGCAAUAGCAAUAGCAACAAUAGUAACAACAACAACAAUGACAACUAUAGCAAUAGCAACAACGACAAUAGCAGCAACAACAACAAUAGCAGCAACAAUUAUAGUAACAACAAUAAUAGCAGCAACAACAACAAUAAUAGCAGCAACAAUAGCAGGAGCAAUAGCAACAAUAGUAACAACAACAACAACGACAACUAUAGCAAUAGCAACAACGACAAUAGCAGCAACAACAACAAUAGCAAUAGCAACGAUAGUAACAACAACAACAAUGACAACUACAGAAAUAGCAACAACGACAAUAGCAGCAACAAUUAUAGUAACAACAAUAAUAGUAGCAACAACAACAAUAGCAAUAGCAACGAUAGUAACAACAACAAUGGCAACUACAGAAAUAGCAACAACGACAUUAGAAGCAACAACAAUAAUAGCAGCAACAAUUAUAGUAACAACAAUAAUAGCAGCAACAACAACAAUAGCAAUAGCAACGAUAGUAACAACAACAACAAUGGCAACUACAGAAAUAGCAACAACGACAUUAGUAGCAACAACAAUAAUAGCAGCAACAAUUAUAGCAACAACAAUAAUAGCAGCAACAACAGCAAUAGCAAUAGCAACGAUAGUAACAACAACAACAAUGACAACUAUAGCAAUAGCAACAACGACAUUAGUAGCAACAACAACAAUAGCAGCAACAAUUAUAGUAACAACAAUAACAAUGACAGCAACAACAAUAAUAACACAACAAUAGCAACAGCCACAUUAGUUACAACAACAAUAGUAACAGCAAUAGCAGCAACAACAAUAGCAGCAACAACAAUAGCAGCAACAACAAUAGCAACAGCCACAAUAGCAGCAACAACAAUAGCAACAGCCACAAUAGCAGCAACAGCAAUAGCAGCAACAACAAUAGCAACAGCCACAAUAGCAGCAACAACAAUAGCAACAGCCACAAUAGCAACAGCCACAAUAGCGACAACGAUAAAUCAAGUUAAUCUGUUAUGUAUAUAA